GUUUCCUGGUGUCCCUGUGACUCGCCACUGGAAGGGUCAUCCCGAAACACCACCCACCCCCCCCCCCCCCCGGUGAUGUGAUCUUGGUACAGUCCAAAGAGUUUCAGGUUAAGAAGCUGAAGGGCUCUUUGUUUGCAGGAGCCACUUUGGAGUUUGAUGUGCCUCAGAGCAGGGACAGACCUCAGCCAGAUAACUCAAGGAAGGGGAGAUACAUCUCUAACCUGUGACGGGAAGGAAGAGGAGAGGAACUGACACACAGGAGUGUUCCAGAACAGAAAGAUAUGUCUUCACCAGUGCAACUCUUCAGAGAUCAGAAGUACCACGAGCUGAAAGAGCAGUGUAUCCAGCAGAGACGGCUCUUCGAAGAUCCUGAGUUUCCAGCCUCAGACGAGUCCCUUUUCUACCAGUCAGCACCACCAAGGAAAGUUGAAUGGAAGCGCCCAAAGGACCUCUGUGAAGACCCCCACCUGUUUGUGAAUGGAAUCAGCUCCCACGACUUACACCAAGGCACCCUGGGGAACUGCUGGUUUGUGGCUGCGUGCUCCUGCUUGGCUCUGAGGAAGACCCUCUGGCAGCAGGUGAUUCCAGACUUUAACGAACAAGAAUGGGACCCUAAAAACCCACAGAAAUAUGCUGGGAUUUUCCGUUUCCGUUUCUGGUGCUUUGGGGAAUGGACAGAGGUGGUUGUUGAUGAUCUGCUGCCAACAAUGGAUGGGAAGUUGAUCUACUGCCAUUCCAAUGUGAAAAAUGAAUUCUGGAGCGCAUUAUUGGAGAAAGCUUAUGCAAAGCUGGCUGGAUCUUAUGAAGCCCUAGAUGGAGGCAGCGCUGCAGAUGCAAUUGUGGAUUUCACUGGAGCAGUGGCAGAAUCUAUUGAUUUGGUACUUGGCAAAUAUGGUGAGAUUAUUUCUGAGCAGAUGAAGCUGUUUGAAGACUUGCUGAAAGUGCAUAAAAGAGGCGGUUUGAUCAGCUGUUCCAUUACGGCUUCCUCUGGCAGAACCAAUGAAGUGGAGACAGAGAUGGGUCUUGUCAUCGGCCAUGCCUACUCAGUGACUGCAAUUCGGAAGCUGCGCCUUGGAGAAAGACUCAUAUUCUCUUUUAAGGCAGAAAAGCUCUUCAUGAUCAGGCUGAGGAAUCCCUGGGGAAAAAGAGAGUGGCAUGGUGCCUGGAGUGACAAUUCUGAAGAGUGGAAGAAAGUCAGCGAUUCAGAACGUAAGAGCUUGGGACUCACUCUUGAGAAUGAUGGAGAGUUCUGGAUGACGUUUGAGGACUGGUGUAAGAAUUUCACUGAUGUGGACAUCUGUCGGAUUGUGAAUACCUCCUACUUCAGUAUCCACAAGACCUGGGAGAAGAAAAUGAUGCAUGGGGCUUGGGCAAAGAAUUCAGAGCCCCUGCUAAAUCGCUCUGGUGGAUGCUUCGAUAACAAAGAGACCUUCCUUCAGAAUCCCCAGUACAUCUUUGAUGUUAAGAAGACUGAGGACAAAGUGUUGGUGUCAUUACAACAGGAGGAUCGCCGCAAAUACAAGAAAGAAGGGAAAGGAGACAGCAUCCCAAUUGGCUUUGAAAUAUUCAAGGUGGAGGAUAACAGAAACUAUCGACUACACAAGCUGACUGUGCAGGAGAGAGUGGCCACAUCUCUGUACAUCAACACACGCACUGUGUUCUUGAGGAGGAUCCUUAAGCAAGGCCGCUACAUCCUUAUCCCAACUACAUAUCAUCCUGGCAUCACUACAAAGUUUAUCCUGAGACUCUUCACAGAUGUGCCAUCAAAACUCAGGGAACUGAAGGCAGAUAAGCCUAAAAUGACGUGUUGGAGUCUUCUUUGCGGCUAUCCACGCAGAGUCACCCAAAUUAAAAUUCACUCUGCAGAGGGUUUACAGAAGCAAGACAGAUCAGGCGGAGCAGAUCCCUAUGUGCUUAUCAAGUGUGAGAACCAAAACAUGCGCUCCUCUGUGCAACAUGAUACGACCAGUGCCAUCUUUGACACACAAGUGAUUUUCUACAGAAGAAACAUCGACAGUCCUAUCGUUGUCCAGGUCUGGAACAGCAACAUCUUCUGUGACCAGUUCCUUGGACAGGCGGUGCUGGCAGCGUUACCCAGUGACCCCAGAGAAGAGCAGACUCUGCAGCUCCGAGGGAGAGGCAGCCAAGAAGCAGCUGAGGUGCCAGGUCACAUCACUGUCAAGGUUUUUUCCAGCGAUGACCUUGUGGAGCUAUGAAUACCAAAGCCCUGCAGAGUCAGACAGAGCUGUCACCUCGCAGCAGGGGGGCUUGUCUGCGCUUUCUGUGUGAAUGACUCGGGAGCAAAGGUUGCACAUAAUCAUAAUCGCUUUAAAACGAAAAAGCCUUCUAACUCUCCACAUUAUCAUGGAUAAUGGGGAGAGAGGCUUUUAAAGAGGGAAAAAUACGUAUUUAUAUACAUAUAUGUUCAUGAUACAGCACAUACAGUAGAAGAGGGGCCAAACUAAAUGUUAGCAGAUAAGCUCAUUAAGAUGUGACCAUCUUCCCCAGCAGCAUCUUUCAGGAGCUCUCAGCUCAUAAGCUGGAAGCACACGUGACUGUUCUCACAGGUUCCCAGCACAUCGUCAUCUGUUCUCAGCAGCGGCACUGGAUGCAGGCAGGAAUGGCUGCACCUCCACGGUCACCUACCAGCAGGUCGGUGGGGUGGCAAGCACAAGGUGGAUUCGCGUGGCUCAGUCCUUGUUCACUGCCAGGCUGUAUUUGAGAGGGGGAUUUUUUCCCCCCCCCCCCCCAUAUAGGGA